UGAUGUGUCUGUGUGAGUGUGUCAGAGCAGCUCACCCCAUCCUCCUGAGGCUCCACAUACAGCUCAUCGCCGAUCCUGGACAGGGAGUGGAUGGCUUUGGCCAGGACUGGACGUUUGAGGAACGCUGCUGUCCCUCCUCCCAUCAUCGCUGAUUUGACUAAAUGUCGGUUGCUGAAGAGGUGUGACUAAAAUAACAUUAGUACUGAAACCACGGACACUUGGUGAAAGAGAAAAAGACUGAAAAGACACAAGAGGACAACAUUCAGGACUAAUUUGGCUUAGCUUUGGGCCAAAACAAAAGACAGAGACUGCUGCUGAAACUUUUGUGGAUUAUGGAGGAGUGGAGGCAGUAUGGCCGCGAAACAUUCAUGAGGAGAAUCAGCCUGCACAGAGAAAAAGAAGAAUUUCUGCCUUAGAAGUUAAACCGUAAGAAAUGGACCUGUCUUAAUAUUUGUGUUGAGAAACUGGUAAUAUCAUCAUGGAGAAAGAUUGGAAUAUAAAAACGGAAGAAAACAACCAUCAGAGGUGUCAUGAUUGACACACAGCUAUAUUUUCUGUCAUGUCUCCAGUUUCUUUUUAAGGCAACACAUUACAUAAGACUGUGUGGAAUACCUCCCUGUUUAGAAGACUAUUUUGUUGUCUUGCACUCAUUUUUGCCAUGCUUUUCUGUGUCUUCUGGAUUUGAUACACAGCACUUCUGUUCCUAGAUGUCUCAGUCAAAUAAAGACUCUCAGGCCUUGCUGCAGUCUAUGCUGCAGAGACUGAAGCUCCAGCCAGGAAAAGAGGGUCAGGCAUACCUGCACACACCUGUAUCCACCACAGCUGCUUCCACAUGGGGGCAAGACGGAAAAGGAGGAGCCUCCAACUUCCAGAAAGUGAACAGCAAGGACGUAAAUGGAUUUGAGUUUGGUACUAAUGGUGUCAGCUCAAAGGACUUUGGGAUCUCUGCUGUGGACAGUAACUUUGGCCUCAAAGGUGGGGAAGUACAUCAACCAGAUAAUGGCAGUGAAGUAGACAAGGGUCUUGUUUCCUUUCCCUCCCAGAAAGACAACAUUGAUGGUGAGGACAGGGUGUUGGGACAGGCCACUCAGCCUGGGAUCACCCCAGCAGGAACAGGGCAGCUGCUUCCUGCCAAAUCACUUAAGGAUGCUGAAAUCACUUCCUUUCAGAGGACUGAUGGGGCAAGGGUGAGUUUUGGCAGUUCAGCAACGACAACACACAUCCCUAGUAAUAAAAAUGCUGCCACAAGCGUUGGACAGAGUCAGGACCAGGAGCAGGUCCAGAGUUAUACCCCAAAAGAGUAUGCAUGGGCCUCAAAGCCUACAGAUGCAAAUCUUGCCAGUCAAGAGAAUGAAGUGUUUCAUAUGGGAAAUGGAGGUUUUGGGGCUUUGGCAGAAAGUAAAGACAUGCAGAUUGUCUCGAGAAGAAACCAGAGAUCAUCUGAGACUAAAACGAGGAGAUGGACUCAGAAGAUCAAGGAGAGAUGGAGGGACAGGCAGGGCAGUUUUGGCAAAAAGGGAAAAGAAGGAGGGAGAGUCGACCGGAAGAGUGAGCAAGGAACUGAAGCUAUUUCACCUGAAAACCACCUUCUGAAGACAGAAAAUCUCACCAACACAUCAAAUAAGGAGGAAGAAAGGCCCCUUCUUUCACUCGGUCGCAGCGAUCCCAGUAACAUCCCUCCUACACACACAGAGGGCGGCACUAAUGAGGGAUCUCUAAGGUCGACCAGUGACUUUGAGUUUGGUCUGGGUUCGUUUAGUUUGCUGGAUGAGAUCGUCACAGGUCAAGAGUGGGCCAAGUUCCUAAACCCCAGUAAUUCUGCUGCCUCAGCCAAUCAGAGACCAUCAGAACUCCAAAUAACGCCGAAUCCUCAUGAUAGAGGUCAGUCAUCUGUGAGUGUGAACCAACGUGGAGCUGUGAACAACCAGAGGAGCUUCAGGGGAACUGAGGCAUCACCAGAUUUAGAUUUCAGCAUGGCGCAAAUAUCGCCUGAUGCUUUCCAGCCGGUCAGUAUGGACGUUAUAGAAGGACAACAAACUGCAGUACAGGAUGUUCACAGUGAGGUGGACCAUUUGGAACCAAUGGAGCAUGGACGCGCCCGAAGAACUCGUCCAUUUGUAAAGCCUGCAGAUAUUCUGGACAGCUCAGCACUGAGGAGCAGAGUCCAGCUCAGCAGGAAGAGGCAGCAUCAGUCAGCUGAGAGGCUGCAGACAGACAAAACAAGUGAUGGAACAGAGGCAAACAGAGAGGCGUCCAUAUCUUCAAUGAGCCCAAUGAGCAACCACGUGAUGGAGGAGACGGGAGAGUCACAACAUGAUAACCUCGUGCCUCUGUACACCCUCAACUCUCCUCCUCCGCCUCUCUCUCCAUUUACUCCUUUCACUCCUGCGCCCCGGGGUGUCCUCAAACACUCCAUUUCCCAGGAUUCACAGUUCUCCAUGGAAACAGUGACAAAAAGGAGGCGAGUCGAGGAGAACCGGCGAGUUCAUUUCUCAGAGGAGGUGGUGACAAUCCCGCCUCCAGAGAUGGAUAUGGAUGCUACGGACUCGGAGGAGGACUCAGGAGCAGACGAGGACUCUGUGAUAGAGGAGGGUGAGGAGGAGCAGGCAUCGAUCGAGGAGGUGGCAUCGCCAACACGCCGGUCUGUUCUCCCUGCCUGGAUACUGGCUCUGAAGAGGAGGAACACAGGCAGGAAGCUCAGAUAGGAGCUUUUACUCUCACAGACUUGUCUUUCUUAAAAUGAGUUACUUCUGGACACUUAAAAUGCUUCUGUGUGUUUUAUCAUCCCUCUCCACACCACCAAAUUAUAAUUGGUGCCGUGUUGAGAUUAUUUCAAGUUUUUACAAGUUGUUUUUUUUUUCACCUUCAAAGGGAAACUUUGGUAUUUUUAAACCAUUUACACAACUAUUUUCUACACCUUUGUUUUCACCGUUUCAUAAUGAGAGUUCUCCUUGAGCAAGACUUGGUUGGACACAACAAACGGACUGGAUCAAGUGAAAUAUAAAUAAAAUGUUUUAUAUCUCCUUGGUGUUCUUUUCAUACUGUUGUCACUUAUAAUAACAAUCUAAGCCUGUCAGUGACUAAACAAGCACGAAGUUGACGUACAUGGACCUGGCACAAUUGCAAUUACAUUGCAGCACUAAGUCAAUACUGGAUCAAUUUCGAAAUUGUUGCCCCUAUUAGAGACUCAGACAUGAAUACAGAAAUUAAUUUAAUUCAACAAAUUCAUCCAGGUUUAAGA